AUGCCCAAACGCCCCGUCCUGGCCUUUGCACCUUCGCUCAGGUGCUGCUCGCCUGCUGAUGGCCUGGCUCCUCCUGUCUUCACGCCCGUGUGCCCGGCCAUCCAGCCUCAGCUCCCCCUGCUCCUGCAAGAAAACCUCCCCGACCUGGGCGUUUUCACGAGCAGAGCCAUCCAUCUGAGUUUUAAUUUGGAAAUUAGACAGUGCUCACAUUCCAUUAUGUGGCGGAAUGAGUCGCCUAAGCCGGGGAGCAGGCACGGUGUGACCCUCCAGGCCCCGAGAAUGGGAUUUGGACUGGAUACUGUCCAGAUGCCGCCCGGCUUUGUCGCUCUGCUGGGCGAGGGCAGCGAAGCCGCCGCAGCCGACAAUGAGCUGCCCAUCGUGUUAGGAGGCGCGGCUGCUCUGCCCGGAAGAUUAAAAAUUUCGGGAGAUAACACGCUGCAGCGGCUGCUAAUUGCUGAGCCUCCUCCCAGACACGUGCUCCCAGAGUGCUGCCUCCAGGUGGUAAGCUGCUGGGCGGCCAGGGGAGCCAACGUGGACACCUCCUGGACCAGAGGGGCUCACCCUCCUGGCCCCUCCGUCAACCCUUCACGAGGCCGGGCCUGGGGCAGGACCCCCGGGCGGCAGGCCCCUCCCCAGCCCAGUGGGGUCAUCCUCUCCCCCGCCUGGUUUUGGGCGGCGGUCUCCUUCCGUCUGAGUGUCGUGGCAGGAGGCGGGUUCACCCUCCGGGUCACCAUCAGGGCAGCAUUUAAAGGUCCACAGAGGGUCAGCCCUGUCCUGGAAGUCUCCCACGGGGCUCCGAGGGCCGCCCAGUGGGCUGGUAGGGGCCCCCAGUGUGAGCACGUGUGGAUUUUGAACACUGAUGUUGCUACAGGGCAUCGGAGUCCAGGCUUCCCCAACAUGAAGAGAGUCCAGGGGCCAGGACGGGGCGCCCCCGUGGGGACGAUCGCUGGGUUUUCAGACGAGAAGAUGGAAGGCGGCUGUGUGUCCACGUUUGGGGCCAGCACUGGACCCCUCAGGCCGCAGCAGCCUCUCCAUAUGAGUGAGAACAGACAGGGCCCCCCUCGUUUGGACACCAAGGACAGAGGCGAGGGUGGGGUCCCUGCGUCCUGGGGCCCCACCUGCAGCCCCAUCUCCCAGCGGGAGGCCUUGGGCGCCCCAAGCCGGGCGCUGACCAUGACCGCUGCUGCCCUUCCCUCCAGCCCCAGGAGGAAGCCUGGACCCGGAGCGCCGCCUCAGCUCCACAUGCUCGGCGCUUUAGUGGGGCUGGGGGGCAUGCACCCCCCACCUCUUGUGCCCACGGGAGCCACCCAUGCUGGGAAGCCUCUGACCCACGCAGCUUGUCUGAGCCAGCUUGGCUCCGGCCUCACCCAGACCCCUGACUGGGGACGACUCCAUCACUGCCCGCUCCUUUAUCCGAGCCUGUCGGUCAGCUUCUGGGGCAGUGGCCCAGCCUCACCCACGUCCACCCCCUCCGCUGUUGCUCACAUCCAGCCGUCGGCCGGAGAGGAUGGGCCCCAGGAGCCGACAGAGACGACAAACGGGAAACGCAGCCCCCGAGUGUGGAUGUGCAGGCCAUCAUGCCGCAGGCAGGCAGGUCUGGGGCUGGCGGACGUGCCCGGGAAGCACGCUCCUGGCUGGAGGGUGAAGGGGGGGCCCCAGGCAGACGCGUGGCCCACGUAUGCGGUGCCCAUGGCUCUCCUGGGCGGCCGGGUGACUGUAGCUGGGCCGUCGUCUGAGCGGCCAGAGGGGGAGACGAGCGAGCUCAGACCCCAGUGCUCGGGAAGGCAGGCUCACGCGUUGUCCACGGGCAGUGGGGGCCCAGCCAGUCGCAGGCCGUGA